GCCAGCAUUUCAUAUCUAUAAUCAUCUUAUCAACUACUUAACAUUACGUCUAUUCUCUCCUAACUACGAUAAUACUAUUAAUUCGAAAAUGCCAUCAGGAGGAUGUUUCUGUGAUGCGAUCCGUAUAAGCUACACUGGCGAGCCAGGAGCACAUCUCCUAUGCCACUGUACCGAUUGUCGAAAGAUUACCGGUGCUACUUAUAGUAACAACAUCGUAUUACCAGAGGGACAAUUCAAGCUUGAAUCUGGUUCGUAUUUCCCACCCCUUCCCGUAUUUCGCCAUUUCCCACCCGUUUCCCGUCCUUCUUCUCUUUCCAUUUAUCACUCAUAUCCCAAAUUCCAAACCCAUCCACCAUUUAACACCUCCAGGAAUACCCAAAUCCAUCAGCAAAAAAGCCGAUUCCGGCAAUCAAGUCACCUCCCACUUCUGCGGUGAUUGCGGCACUACUCUCUACCGCACUGGUGAAUCUUUCCCCAAUCAAGUGGUUGUCAAAGCUGGCGUUUUGGAUGAUGACAGCUGGCCGAAUGAAAAUGUUCCUAAGGGGGAAAUGUUUGUUACCGAGAGGGUGAAGUGGCUUCCCGAGGUCCCUGGAGCUGCGCAGAUGGAGGGUAUGCCUUCGUAGAUGCCUCUGUGCGAAGAGCGACUUGAAAGGUGGUAAUAAUAUAUGCACUGGGUAUUGUUUGUUGGGUAUAAUGUAAUUCUAUAUUUA